CCCGGGGGUGUCGUCGUCGCCGCGCGGGGCGGGGUUUCGCUACCGGAAGCGGCCCGUUCCCUCAGCGUCGUUUCCGGUGCCGCCGCCGCCGCCGCCCAGCGCGGGAUGUAGCGGCCGCGCGGCGGCACAAGGACGCGGAGGGACCUGCACCGGCUGCCCUCGGCCACCAGGACCGACCCCGCCGCCCCCAUGGCGUCCCGCAAAGCCUCCGCCGCCGGGCAGGGCAACGGGCUGGCCGCCGCCGGCCGGGAGAGGGCCCACCUGGAGCUGGCCGAGCUGGGGCCGCUCCUGGAGGAGAAGGGGGACCAAGGAGCCGCCGGUUCGGCCAGUGCUGAAGACCCGCCAUGCCCAGCGGCCCGUGAGGAAGAGGAGGAGGUGGUCCGUGUGCUGACUCUGCCUCUGCAGGCUCAUCAUGCCAUGGAGAAGAUGGAAGAGUUUGUGUAUAAGGUGUGGGAAGGGCGCUGGCGCGUGAUUCCUUACGAUGUGCUGCCUGACUGGCUGAAGGACAACGAUUACCUCCUGCAUGGCCACAGGCCUCCCAUGCCGUCCUUUCGAGCCUGCUUCAAGAGCAUCUUCCGAAUACACACUGAGACGGGCAACAUCUGGACGCACUUGCUAGGUUUUGUUUUGUUCCUCUGCCUGGGGAUCCUGACCAUGCUGCGGCCCAACAUGUAUUUCAUGGCUCCUCUGCAGGAGAAGGUGGUAUUCGGCAUGUUCUUCCUGGGAGCAGUGCUGUGCCUCAGCUUCUCCUGGCUUUUCCACACUGUCUACUGUCACUCAGAGAAGGUCUCGCGGACUUUUUCGAAGUUGGAUUAUUCAGGAAUUGCACUGCUGAUCAUGGGGAGCUUUGUCCCGUGGCUCUAUUACUCGUUCUACUGCUCCCCGCAGCCAAGACUCAUCUACCUCUCCAUCGUUUGUGUCUUGGGCAUCUCUGCCAUCAUCGUUGCUCAGUGGGACCGGUUCGCCACCCCCAAGCACAGGCAGACAAGAGCAGGCGUCUUUCUGGGGCUGGGGCUGAGUGGCGUGGUGCCCACCAUGCACUUCACCAUUGCCGAAGGGUUCGUAAAAGCCACCACCGUUGGCCAGAUGGGCUGGUUCUUCCUCAUGGCCGUGAUGUACAUCACGGGUGCGGGGCUGUACGCCGCCCGCAUACCCGAGCGCUUCUUCCCGGGCAAGUUUGACAUCUGGUUUCAGUCGCAUCAGAUCUUUCACGUGCUCGUGGUGGCUGCGGCCUUCGUCCACUUCUACGGGGUGUCGAACCUGCAGGAGUUUCGCUACGGACUCGAAGGGGGGUGCACAGAUGACUCUCUCCUCUGAGAGAACCUGAUUUUAGUACAAGCUUCCUAAGUGCUUUUUAAACUCUGUCUUUGCUAAAAUCAAAGGAAGACUCAAAAUGGUUUGGGGUUGUUGGUUUUGUUUUUUGUUUGUUUUUUUUAAGAAAAAAAAAAAAGAAACAGAAAAAUUCUUUAGCAAAGUUGUCGACCAAAUCCUCACCCCCUUCCCCGCGCACUUCACUGGGGCUGAGGGGAGGUGCUGCGGCCUCACCUCCUCCAGUGUUUUACCUGCACCAGGGUCCUCCGACCUUCCCAGGCAUGCUGAUUUCUGAAAGCAAAGGGUGCGGGUACCCCGCUCCUGGCACAGCUGAGCACCCCCUUCCUGAGCUCACUGCCGGAACAAGCAGAGUCACGCACUACGAGGCCGAGGGCCAGAGAUUUUUGCAUAUCCCUUGCAGCAGAGCCGCCUUGCUGGGGGCAGCUCUGUGGCCCCCAGUGCUGCUGCCCAGGGCACAGGCACAGAUUUAUGUAAUUUAAGUUUUAAUUGUCUUUUUUUGUUUGUUUGUUUGUUUUCCUUGACAAAGUAAUGUAAACAUAAAUGAGAGAAUAUUUAAUAUUUAAUACUAAGCUUUAAAAAGACUUGCUGCCACCGCAGUGUACUCGGCUCCCUUGCUGUCUGUGGUAGUAAAGGAAGGACAGUGUUUUAGGGGAAUGUAGAGCUGCUGUAGCUGAUUGAAAUAAAAAGGUCAAUAGUU